UACCUAAAUCACGUAGUUGGUGCAGAUUUAACAUGCGGGAAUGACCCAAUGUACAAAAUAAGGAAUUUUGUGGGAAAUUUACUCGUGUUCGUGGAGUAGUAGCUGUGGCAGGUAGAAGCGCUCUCCCCGAGUGCCCUCGAGUGCGAAGGAUGACAGCAUUUCUGCAACGGUUCCGGUUGGCAUCGUUCAACUCAGCAUUUGUCAUCGCACUUGGCAGGGACACGAGAAAGUACGCCAAGGGCACUGUCCUGUAAUUUACUACGAAGUAAUUAUUUAUUCUUCGUCCUGAACCAUUCUACGAAGACCCGCAUAUUGCCUUACAGAGGAAAGAGAAACAGUACAGAGUUACACUCGACAAAUCCACAGCUUCGGAAGACCCUGUUCAUCAUGGUGGGAUGAGACCAAAAUCUGAAAAAUUGAUCAUACAAUCCUAAAAAAGAUUAUUUUCAGCUUGCAAUUGCCUGCCGUACGCACGAAUCAAUUCACGAUGUCAACAUCGACCGCGUCGUACGAAGAAAAAAAUGAACGACAUGCAUCACCAACCACAAAGGUGAAGGUUCACUUUGUAUCAGUGGGAGCGGCUCCAAUAAUGAAAAAGACGAAGUUUCAGAUAUCAGCAGACCAACGUUUUGCCUCCGUUCACGUUUUCUUGCGAAAAGUGUUGAAGAUCCAAAAAGGGGACUCAUUGUUCCUUUACCUCCAUGCCGCUUUUUGCCCCGGACCAGAUGAGUUGUUAGGAGAUUUAAACGAGACAUUUUCGAAGCGGGGGGAACUAAUCAUUCACUACAGUCUACAGCAGGCCUGGGGCUGAAAAAUUAUUGCACAGUGCUAAUUCAGAAUGCGAUGAUCAAUCAGAUAUUGAUAUAAAGUAACAUGUAAUAU